AUGCCCGUCCCAAGACACGACUUUUACGAGUCCGACGAGAAGCUGACCCUCUCCGUCUACGACAAAAACGCAGACCCCGCGCUCGUCUCCGUCAAGCUCGGGCCCCGCAGCCUCUCCUAUGAGAACGGCGACACCAAGCUCGCCCUCGAGCCCCUCAAGGGCCAGAUCGACACCGCAAAGAGCGAUUUCUCCGUAGGCAAGGUCAAGAUCGAGAUCCGCCUCGUAAAGGCCGCGCCCGGCCGCUGGGGCGGGCUCGUCGGCGCCAGCCCAGACGUGCUCGCGCCGUCCCCCGCGCAGGGCGCCCCAGAGCCGGCUCCGCGCCGCACGCAGAAGAACUGGGACGCGGUGACCGCGACGAUCCUCGACGCGGACAAGGGUGCGAGCACGGACGAGGAUCCGAAUGCGGGCGGGGACGCGGCGGUGAACGGCUUCUUCCAGAAGCUGUACGCGGACGCGGACGAGGACACACGCCGCGCGAUGCUCAAGAGCUACCAGGAGAGCGGCGGGACGACGCUCAGCACGAACUGGGACGAGGUCGGCAAGGCGCCUGUCGAGGUCAAGCCGCCCGAGGGCAGCGAGUGGAAGAAGUGGGCGGCGUGA